AGUAAAACUCUCUUAUAUCUACAAUUACCGAAGAAACAAGACAGAAGAAAAUACUGGUCACUGAUACUUCCGCGUUGGAUUUAAGUGUCAGAUAUAUUCUGUUUUCAUUCAAAAGAUGUAUCACUUGAUGUCUGUCAACAGAGCUAUUCUAGUAGAAGAUUGAAGAUGAAGAAUGAACCUUGAGGGUUUCAAUUAACAUAUUUGUUCCACCAUUGACGGAACAUCUUCGGGUGGAAUGGACUUUAACCAACCUCCAGGGUAAUGGCACGGUUUAGGCGGAAAUCAUGUUGUGCACUUAUUGCUUUAGCUUUGGCUGUGUUUAUUAUAACAGUCAUCCUAAAGUCUCUGAGCCCUGAGGAUAGUAAUUUUGGCAGUCAGUUUGCAUUAAGACUUAUUCCACCUUCAGGACAAAUGGAACAAGAUAACAAUGUUGUUGUAUCCGCUAAACCUGCACAGAUGAUACCAGCAGAGAAAGCUGAUAGAAUGGAGAACAAAAUGCAAGAUUUUCCUGAGCCAAAUUACAAUGUGCACGCUUUCUACUAUGUGUGGUAUGGGAACCCACAGUUUGAUGGAAAAUAUGUUCACUGGGAUCAUCCACUCUUACCACACUGGGACCCCAAAGUGGCCUCAGGUUAUGCAUCAGGACGACACCAGCCUCCUGAUGACAUCGGGGCCAAUUUCUACCCUGCACUAGGUCCAUACAGCUCUAGAGAUCCAUGGGUUUUAGAGGAACACAUGCGACAGUUGCGAACAGCUGCUGUUGGUGUUCUAGCUGUUUCGUGGUAUCCACGUAGUAUGAAUGACGACAAUGGAGAAGAAAUUGAUAAUUUGCUGCCUUUGGUUCUGGAUGCAGCUGACAAGUAUCAGUUGAAGGUCGUUUUUCAUAUUGAACCAUACAAAGGACGAGAUGAUGCAAAUAUGCGUAAAAAUAUUAAAUAUAUUGUGGAGCGAUAUGGAAACCAUCCUGCUUUUUAUAGAUACAAAACAAGCACUGGCAAAUUUCUUCCACUGUAUUAUGUAUAUGACUCCUACUUGCAAACUCCAGAUGUUUGGGCACAACUGCUAAAGCCAAAUGGUAUAUCGACAAUCAGGAACACACCAUAUGAUGGCAUCUUCAUCGCUCUUCUUGUGGAAGAAAGGCAGAAGAAGGACAUACAGACGGCUGGAUUUGAUGGACUCUACACGUAUUUUGCGACCAAUGGCUUUACUUAUGGGUCCUCACAUCACAACUGGAGAUCUAUUAAAACCUUCUGUGACUAUAAUGACUUGGUAUUCGUUCCAAGUGUAGGGCCAGGUUAUAUUGACACUAGCAUUAGACCCUGGAACUCGCAGAAUUCAAGGAACCGCAUUAAUGGCAAGUAUUAUGAGACCUCUUUUAAUGCAGCUGUGGAGGCAAGACCACAGAUCAUCUCUAUAACUUCAUUCAAUGAAUGGCAUGAAGGAACCCAGAUCGAAAAGGCCAUCCCAAAGACAUGGGGUAAAACUGUGUAUCUUGACUACUUUCCUCAUAAACCUACAGUUUAUUUAGACAUAACACAAAAAUGGGCUAGAAAAUUCAGUGAGGAGCAGAAGAAAUGGCUGGAGUAAAGAAAGGCUAAUUACUUUAUUGUUAAUCCUGAUAAAGCAAUACUGCCCUAAGUAGUGCUUACAAGGGCCAUGAUUUGUUUUAUUUUGUUCUGUUUGAGUUGUGUGCAGUUUGUUUUACUUACAUGCCUUUUACCACUGUAUGUGACAACUUGACUGAUUAGACUCAUCAAAUAUUAAUGCUAAACUGCAAUCAGAAAUAUUCUGCCUUGAAGCUGUAAAUAAAACAGUUUUACUUUA